UAUUUUGUAACGUCAUAUAAACAUUGUCGCCUAAGAGACGUAAGAAAGACAUCUCAGAGGAGGACGAUGGCAACGGGCAGGAAACAGUGAAAACCUAACCGAAGUAACUAAAUAACAGCGUACCAAAUGUGGGAGCGUGACGUUACCAACAGAAACAAUCCAAUAAAAAGGAGAUGAGGAAGGGUACAGUACAAACCGAAUCCAACGAGGAGUUGGGGGAGGAAGCUGCGCAGGCUCUAGAGCUGGCUAAGCUACAGAGACAGCUCCGCGUGAUGGAGGGGGACCGACGAGCCUACGCCGAGGAGUCCAACAAUGUACUACGCAAGAAAAUGACGGAAAAGGAAGCCCUCGUGGCUGAGAAUGAGGAGAUCAAUACUGUCCUAAAUCUUGUACAGAGCGAGAAAAACGAAAACAUGGACACUGAAGACACGAACCGACUAUUGGAGCUCAUCGACAACCUCGAUUUAUUUAACGCUCAGGCGGAACAGGAAAUCAAGCGUAUGGCUGACCUCGAUGCGGAAGUUGCGCGUGUCGAACAGGAUAUCACCAAACAUCGACGCUCGCAAGGGGGCAACACGGAGCAAAUGGUAGAGAAUACCAUACAAAAGAAAAUCAGGGUCAAGGAAAACAGACUCGAUAAGGCUAUGAUCAAGUUCAACCAGCAGCUGGCGGUCAAUGCCCAUCUACGACAGGAGAUUGACCACCUCCGCCAGGAACGGUCAGUGUUUGACGGACUCUUCAAGAAGCUCACAAAUGACCUCGGCGACAUCAAGGCUGAAAUGGACGAGGUCAUCGGGGAGGCUGCACGCGCAUACGAGGAGCGGGACGAGGCACAGACCAAGAUGAUCGCUCUGAAG